UUUUUUUUUUUUUCUGUGUUUUGAAUUCUUACUCAUUUCUUCUGAAUUACAGUAAAAUAUAAUGGUCGAAGUAGGCGAAAUAUAUUCUGCAAUCUAUUCAGGCAUCCCAGUCUUUGAAAUGGUGGUCAAUGGAGUGGCCGUCAUGAGAAGGCGAAAUGACUCCUAUAUGAAUGCAACUCAAAUACUAAAAGUAGCCAACAUCGAAAAGGGAAAACGAACAAAAAUUUUAGAGAAAGAAGUGUUGACUGGUACACAUGAAAAAGUGCAAGGAGGAUACGGAAAAUAUCAAGGAACAUGGAUCCCUUAUGAAAGAAGUGUCGAAUUGGCAGAGAAAUAUGGUGUUCGAGAUGCGCUGGCUCCUCUGCUCUUUUUUGAAAUAGAUGACAUCAACACACCGCAACGUGAACGUGUGGAAGGCUUGUUAACUAAAGAACAGACAAAACUAGCAAAGAAAAAGUUAUCAGCCAUUACUGGAAAUGCCGCCAGUGUUAAUAGAAAUAGAAGUAACAAUAGUUCUACCAGUGGUAAUGCAGCUUCAGCGGCAGCUAUUACACCUCACUCACCUAUUCCACAAACGUACAAUCCUUCAGAUAAUCCGUCUUCUCUUCAUACAACACAUGACAAUCACAGAUCCAUAACCUCACCAGCGCGAAAGAAAUUUAAACCUGCCACUCCUGUUUAUGAUGGUCAGACUAUAAUAGCUUCAAAUUCAUAUCAACGUCAACCUUCCCCUCUAUCGUCAGGUCAUAGUAUGGGUAAUUAUUCUUACCAGCAACAAUCACAACACAUGACCAAAAAUACAACGACGGCAAUGUCAGAUGACGAUAAUAGCAGCAACACUCAUCGUAGCUUAUUGAUGUCCAUAUUCUUAUCAGAUAAACCUGAUUCUAUUUUGCCUUACUUGAACGGUCAGCAUCAAAAGCAGCUACAACAGCAACAAAACAAAGAUCAGCCUUUUAACAUUGAUAUGGUGAUUGAUGACCAAGGAAAUACCGCUCUUCAUUGGGCCACUUCUCUGGCCCGUUCUGAAACCGUAAAGCUCUUGGUUGGUCUAGGCGCUAACAUCGCUUGCACGAACUACGUCGGUGAGACUCCGUUGAUGCGUGGUGUAAUGGUCGUCAACAAUUUCGAUCAUCAUUGCUUUGAUGAGAUUUUUGAUUUACUGAAGGAGUCCUUAACAGUGACGGACAAUAAGAAAAGGACAGCGUUACAUCAUGCGGCCAUGACAGCUGGCAUUCAAGGUAGAAUGCAUGCUUCUGUUUAUUAUAUGAAAUUAAUGUUGGAUUAUAUCGUUAGUAAGAUAAAGCCAACAGUAAAUAUGGAUCAAGCGUCCGCUGAAACAGCAACAGUAGAUGAAGAUUUCAGGAAUAUUUUAGAUGCGCAGGAUGCUUUAGGUGAUACAGCAUACAUGGUUGCAGCAAAACUAGGGUGUAAGCCUUUAAUGGAAAUGUUGGAAGAUGCAGGUGCAACGAGCACUACAACGAACUUGAGCGAGCUCAGUGUUGCGGAUCAUAACGAUUUGAGAAAUGCCGAAAUUGGAGAGACUGCUAAAUCUACAUCUGACACUCCAAUCCAGCAGCAGCAUCAUCAACAGAGCAAUCUAUCCGACUUUACUAGAAGGUCCUAUGCGCCAAGCCAAAGAGGCAAGGAGAUUAUGGCAACCGUGCAGAAGAUUGUAGAUGCACUGGAUGAUGAAUAUGGUAAUCAAUUAGCGGUAAAAGAACAAGAACUUCAACGUAUAUUGAAAGAUUUGGAGGAAGUGACCAGUGAAUUAGAUACUACGCGAAAAGGGUUAGAAGAACGUCAACAGCAGUCCCAACAGCUAGCGGAAUCCCAGCAAAAGGCGCGUCAUAUAGAAACAAUUAUACAGAACCAAUAUAAAGAGUUAGAGUGGCUGAUGUAUCAUUACGGUGGAACUGCGGAAAAUAGAGACGACGAAGAGAAAGCAGAUAUAAAGAAAGAACCCCAAAAUCAAUCUCAAAGAAUCUUACCUACUCUGGAAGAGAUUGAGUCAUCCAUAAAUUUGAACAAAGAUAUAGAUAAGCUCAUCCUUGGUGAUGACAUUGAUAAUCCGGCAGACCAAAUAACCGUUGAAGAGUAUAUAAAAAAACUAAGGGCUACUAUCACAGCAUACAAAAAGAAUGAUGAAGCGUUACAGCAUGAAAUCCAAAAUUUGCAACAUGAAUAUAUGGAAAGAGAACUACAAUGCAAACGACUGAUUGCAGCUUGCUGUAACUUACCACUUGAAAAGAUAGACGACUUAGUAGAGCCUUUAACAUUAGCUAUCGAAAGUGAUCCACCUGAUUUGGAUUUGGCUCGUGUAAUAGGUUUCAUGGAAAAGAUCAGAAGGCAAGGAGCAUUUGGUGACCCACCAGUUGCUACAAUGACAGUGCCUUCGUCUUCUGCAACAUCUUCUAGUAUGGCUACCGAAAACUACACCCAACCACCACAGCAACAACCUUCACAAUCUUAUGCAACCCAUUUAUCUACUCCGAAUAAUCUCAGUACACAUGCUGAUACAACAACGACGGAGACACCCUCGUCUUAAACUUAAAUCUUCCGCUUUAUCAACAAUUUCUUCCUUUUUGAUAAUCUCUUUGUAUAUACAUAAUAUCUGAAUAAAAAUUGAUUGCAAAAAAUUUACUCAA